AUGUCUGAUAUGCGGCGCCGGAAAAGCCUGAGUAUUUUUCGGCCAACACUUCCGACAGUAUCCACGGGAUCUAGUGAUGAAUCCUCUACUGGAGGAGGCAACAGCGGCGGCGGCAGCAUUCUCCGGAAGAAAGGCGGCAGGCCUCUGUCUAUCUUUGCUUCACGUUCUACACCUUCCAGCCCUUCCAUUCCGAAUUAUGAUGUCGCCAAUUUCGAGAAAGUCGGCUUAUCAGAAAGCCCGAAGCUUCGCUCCCGAACUCUGCAUAAAGGAGGCCGAGCUUCGGUGUUUGGGUCUCUGAGGUCAUUGCGAUCGUCAGAAGACGACGAUGUACUAACAAAGACGGAAUCCAAGGCAUCUUCGACAAAUGAAGAGAAUGAUCUGCAAGGGUCGUUGCAGGCUGGUUUGUUUGGGAGUUCAGUCCUGCAUCAUGGCGAGGUGCAAACCAUGGGAGGAAUGUUUCGGAAGAGGAGUCAUUAUCUCGUGUUGACUGAAACACACCUUCUGCGCUUUAAAGGACAGACGAAGGCUGCGGAGAUGUACCCCGUAAUUCCUGUGUCCAUGGGCAGAAGCAGUGGUCAUCGGCAAUCAAUGGGAUCUUUCGGCUCAAAUAGCGAUGCCCAAAGCUCAAUCAUGUCAGAUAUCGUUGAUGGCAUUGCGCUUAAUCAAAUCAUCGCAACAUCUAAGCUGGACGACGGAAGGCCUUAUUUCUCGAUCGAGGUGUCACAUCUGGAGGACGCGACCAACAGAGCUUCUUCUAUGUCUAUGCAACUCAACGACCCACGAGAAGCUGAUCUUUGGCUACUAGCUAUUCGUAAUGCGGCUGCGAAGGCAAGGAAUAAACAUGGCUACGACUUCCCACCUGCUAUGUUAGCAUACAUCGCACGAGCGCUAGAGCAUUACCGAGACUACGAUCCUAGGCAUUUCCAACUUUUUAGAGUGGUACAACGUACCGCCAACAAGUCUGUAAGUAGAUCUUCAACGGACGACCUUGCUAAACUGAAUUCUUCGACCUGCUAUCUCGCCGUUGGGAUCAACAGUGUUCAUUUGGUCCCACUAAAGAGGUCGAUUGACCGAUCGUCUACCUCUUCGUUGCAGGACUUGGAAGCUCCGACUUCCUUUGGCAUUACGACGUUGUCUUCCAUGUCCCUUCAACCCGGCGAUGAUACCUUCCAAUUAACCUUUCGGGUACCACUACAAAGCACUUUCACCCUCUUUCUCGCGUCAGCGAAGGCGAAGGAAAUAGUUCUCUGGAUAAAGAAUAGGGCAGAGUAUUUGAGACCGGAGUGGGUUCACCAGCCGUUUGCGUUCUUUGCACCCGCGGAGCUUGACGAUGAUAUGGCCCUAUCAGAAUCCUCAGAGGACGAGCACAAAUUCUUCGACCGGACUCUGAUAGCCUAUUGUGCUGGUUUCAAUGUUGAUGUCUCCAGAAUCUGCUACAGCGUGGACUAUCGAUGUGAGGACGCACCUUGCUUCAGACUCUUGAAACCGUUCGGUCCGUGCUACAACGCCCUGGAGCUCUUGGCAGUCAUCAGAGCUCUACGAUACAAUGAAUCCUUUACCUCCAUCUCAUUUGCGGGCAUCAACCUGGACGUACUACAAGGCAUCUACGACCUAUAUGGCGUAGAUUUCGAUGCUCUAUACACUCGGUCUGGAGUAGCUACCAACCUCCCGAACCAAGAAGAAUUACCUUUACUCUCUCAGGAGAUUAGAGCACUCGCCUUGAAAAGUAGAAGACUUCGUCGGCUUGAUUUCUCCUACUGCUUGACAAGACGACACCGGUCUGGCACCGACAUCGACACCAAAGCCUGCGGAAUACCUGAAGCGCUUGUUCCACUAUGCAAGAAGACAUUGACGAAUGUGGAUUGGCUAGUGUUGAACGGCAUAAGACUUGGCGAUUCUGAUCUCGAUUACUUGGUCGACGCAGCUUCUCAAAGGGUCUGCCACCUUCGUGCUCUGGAGAUAGGUAAUUGCGGGCUGUCUGUGCACGAUAUAGAUGUACUGCUAUCCACCUUAGCUGUGCAGGAAAGUACUAUGGAGGUGAUUGAUAUCUCCGGAGUGCAGGGAAGGUUUAGUCCGGAGCUUUUCCAACGUCAGAUAGGAUACUUUGGCCAUAUUCGCAAGCUCAAUCUUACCAGAGUGCAGAAGACCGCAGGUCCUGAAUCGUUGAUUGCACCGGAAACUCUGCUGACAUGGAGGUUGGAAGAGUUACAAUUAAGCCAGACGGUUGUCAACCAGGAGACUGUUGACUCGAUCGCGGCAUAUCUAGCAAGCUCCAAGUCAGACUCGCUCCAUGAGCUUGGUUUGGAUCAAUGCGGGCUUACGGGCAAAGAUCUUGCCAUCUUCUUUAGCGCGAUGAAUCGGGACCGUGGUCCACCUCGCGAUAUGCAUGUUAGCGCAAGCGAAAACCGUCUCAAAGCAGGGUACCAAUUCCUAUUUGACAUCAUUGGGCAGAACAAGUCGCCGACGCAUUUGACCAUGCGGAUGAUUGAGUUCGAAAAGGAACAUCAUUUCCGUCAGCUGGUACAAGCGCUACAGAAGAAUACUGCGCUAAAGGUAUUAGAUAUCUCAAAGGCUUCUUUGCCCUACGAUGCAGGGGAGGAGACGUGCAAAGAAUUGCAGAAGAUGUUUGAAAAAAAUUCGUCGCUAGAAGAACUCGAUAUCAGUGGUGAACAGGCUCACCUGGAUUCGGCAAGGUUUGGCAUCGGUUUGAAUCUUGCGCUAACUGGGCUUAAGAAAAACAAUACCCUGAGAAUGUUGAAGAUUGAGCACCAGAACUUAGGCAUGCAAGGAGCCAACACGUUGGCAGAGGUGCUCGAAGCAAACAACUCGCUUGUAGAGAUUCAUUGUGAGAACAACGACAUCAAUCUCCAAAGUUUCACAGUGCUCGUGAAUGGGUUGCAGAAGAACACAUCUGUCACAUAUAUGCCGUCUAUGGCUCGCGAUCGGGAGAAGUCGUUAGAAAAGGUCAAACGGGAAAUUCAGGCCAUUAAUAACAGCGCAGAACUGGUUUCUCCUUCUGGCAGCUCCUCGAUCAAGCGAAGUUUCACUGGAGUCAUGAGUGGUAGAGGCAAUCGGCCGUCUAUGACACAGACCAACAUCAAUCCUAUUCCUGCAUAUACUGAACAAGAUGUUAAAGCCGCAGUAGACGCCUUACAUGAGAAAUGGAAUGCGGAAGUUGCACGAAUGCAAGGCUACCUUGCAAGAAAUUACCACCUCCAGCAUGGACUUCCGUGGGGAGGCCAGGACACAAACGAGAAUCAGAGACCACGUACGGCGGAGACAUUGGGAGAUGUCUUGAGAAGCGUCAAAUUGGAUAGCACGCCUACUUUGGAAAAGGAGCUGGGGCUGGGAUGGAUAGACGAAAAGCCGGAUGUGACACCCAAGAAGCCACCUGCGGCUUUCAGUCUGCCCGAAGAAUAA